ACUAUGUCUGGACGCGGCAAGCAGGGAGGCAAAGCUCGCGCCAAAGCCAAGACCCGCUCUUCCCGGGCCGGCCUUCAGUUCCCCGUGGGCCGAGUGCACCGUCUGCUCCGCAAGGGCAACUAUGCCGAGCGGGUCGGAGCCGGCGCCCCGGUGUACCUGGCGGCGGUGCUGGAGUAUCUGACCGCCGAGAUCCUGGAGCUGGCGGGCAACGCGGCUCGCGACAACAAGAAGACGCGCAUCAUCCCGCGCCACCUGCAGCUGGCCAUCCGCAACGACGAGGAGCUCAACAAGCUGCUGGGCAAAGUCACCAUCGCUCAGGGCGGCGUCCUGCCCAACAUCCAGGCCGUGCUGCUGCCCAAGAAGACCGAGAGUCACCACAAAGCCAAGGGCAAGUAACAACUCGGAUGAGUUUGCAGCAGCUCGAAUAAAAACCAGCAGUCGAGUCUAAACCAAAGGCUCUUUUCAGAGCCACCCAUAUUUUCUUGAAAAAGAACUUAACAUUUAUUCUCCAGUGACGAAAAGCGAAGCACAGGAAAAAUGUAGUCAGUAAACCUGUCUGACCCUCGUUGAAAAGCAAAAUAGCAGCGAACGCCCCAUAUUUACAAAGAUGAAACUUUAGUUCGCAAGAUUUUACAUUUUAUAAGUUUGCGAGCAGACUUGCUAAACCACUAUGUGUCCGCAGGCAGCCAUUAACACCAUCACUUCUUGCAACAGUUUGGUAAAAAAUUAACUGCCCUGUCUUUAGCAGAUCGGUCCUUGCAGGCCACUGGAGGCUUGAGGAAGCCCCGCCAUUACUGACCCGGGACAUGGCUCUGUGCGAGAUCUGCAGCUACCAUCUACCGUAAGUCCACAGAGCUGAUUAUCAAGGUGUUGCUCAAGAACUUGGCUGUGGCGCCGGUGCAGGAAGUGCGAGGCCUAAGGAGUUUUGUAGCAAACUGUCAAGAGUCACACAAAGUUCUCCUGACAGAAACGCUAUGAAGCAUAGCCUUACCCAGCCAGCCCUAUGUUGCAAAAUAUGCCUUUAAAUUGAAGUGAGUAAAAUAUUAGGAUGAUGUCUGGAGAUGUGAAAGCCCAAGAAAAGUUUCUCAUAUUCUGAAAACGCUUAAAAUCUCAAGUGCAGUGGCCUCAAGAACUUGACAGGAUGGUUAUUUCUAAAACCAAAUCGAAAGUUUGAGGAAAUGUUUUCCAUAAUUAUUGCUAAUCAUACAACUUUGUGUGGGGAAAGGAAAAUAAAAGAGGAUUAUGAUGUGGUUUGACAAAGGGCUGUCUGUGAGUAUUACCAAAACUCAAAGGUUUUGGGGGCUCCUGACAGAAACCCAGGCCUCCUCGCAAGGUUGACAGUUACCGGUGAAGGAGGGUUAUUUAAUGUGAAAUUGGAAGAACUUUUGGUGAUGGUGUAAGCAAAUAAGGACUACCAUGCCCAUUGUUUUCCUUGCCUAGGUUGCAGAAUCUGCCCUCCUACCUCUGUUCACUGAAUCUCUGAUGUAAUCUCUAAAAAACAAAAACAAACACAACAACAACAAAAGUCGUUCUUAGCUUUUUGUCUUGUAUGUUGUGAACACCUUUGGCUUUCUGGUGACAUUUAAGGAAAUCUCAGAACAAUGUUUUAAGUGUAUAAAAUGCAAAAAAAAAUUAAGUGAUUUCAUCACUCUAUUAAAUAGUAAACAUAUUACAUAACCAGCAUUUGUAAUGAGAAAAGAGACAACUGGAAUUUCUUUUGAGUAACAAGUACUGAGGUUUGUAGCCUAAGUUCAUAAUAAAGUGAAAUGCUAAAGUUUAAUAAAAAUAUAUAUAUUUUACUACACAAACUCACAGACUUCCCCCUCAUCCCACCACCACCAAACUGCUGAAUUUAUCCUUAGGAGCAUUGUGACAUUAUGAUGGACCUCU